UCAAUGAUUGAAAUUAAACGCAAUAUAAAAUCGAACUUUGAAUUUAAAGUAAUUGACUUUUCUUUUCAUUCUACGGCUCCAGUAGCAGAUUGAAAAAAAUCAGAGACCGAAAAUGUCUAAUUUGAAUAAAUGGAUUGCAAUAAUUAGUGUUUAUUUACUAACUUUCACAUAUUUGUAUCAAAGUGCAUCAGCUACUGUUCUUGGUGACAAAUGCAAUAAAACUUUAGAUUGUGAAAAUCUAAGAGGGUCGCAUUGUUUACAUGACAAAUGCGUCUGUGAGGAAGGUUAUUUUGAGCAGAAUGGAAAUUGUAUUGCGUUAAUUGGAACAGGGUGUGAAGGUGACAGCGAUUGUCUAAUGGAUCACUCAAGUUGCAUUGAGAACAAUUGUCAAUGCCGUUACUCUCAUGUUAAUUUGGACAACAAACAAUGUUUGGAACGUCUGUCUCACGGAGAUUCUUGUCAGCAUGACAUACAAUGCGCAUGUCAAAACAAUGAUAACUGCAUUGUUAAUGAGACAUAUGUCGAUCUUACCUGCAAAGAAAAACUUUGUUCCUGUUCCGAAGGUUAUCAUUACGUGCCCAGUAAAAAUUCCUGCAUUAAAAGUGCAAAAGAAUUAAAUGACGAGUGUGAAACAAAUGACAACUGUCUGACUGUUCCAAACUCGCGGUGUAUUAACAAACAAUGCGCGUGUCCUGAAAAUCAUUUUAUAAAAAACAAUAAAUGUUUGCUUGGAAUCGGCGCUUCUUGUUCUUUGAGCAGUAACUGCAGCGCGACCAAUUCAUACUGUUCGCUAUUCAAUGGUUGCAGUUGUGAAUCCAAUCACGUUAAGUUAUCUGUCGAACAAUGUGUUCCAACAAAAGCACUCUACGAAUCAUGUGAAAUAAACGAACAAUGUUCUUGUAAGCAUGAAACAAACUGUUACUUAGGCGGGACGAACAAAGAUCUCGUUUGUUUGAACAACAAAUGUGAUUGCCCAGCUGACUAUCUUUAUGACCCCGAAAGAUAUUCUUGUGUUUCUGCUCCAAAAGUUUCAGAUCUAGGUGGCCAUUGUUCGAACAACACGGACUGUUCUCUCGUGAAUACGGAGUGUACUAAUAGUCAAUGCAGCUGUAAACAAUAUUACUAUGAAGUAGGAAAAUAUUGUUUGCCUGGAAUCGGAGCGCCUUGUUCGGGCAGCGAAUGUCGAGCAAACAAUUCCAUGUGUGCGACAACUGGGCAUUGUAUUUGUCACCCGAGACAUAUUUUUGCUUCGAUCGAUCGCUGUAUUCCCGUGAGAUCUUAUGGCGAACCGUGUGAACAAGAUGAACAAUGCUCGUGUUUGUUUAACAAGUGUCGGCUGGAUGAGUCAUACAAGGAUAUUGUUUGUUGGGACCAUAAAUGUGGUUGCCCUGCUGACUUUCACUAUGCGUUCAGAAGAACCGCUUGUGUCCACAGCGCACAAGAUAUUGGCGCUCAGUGCGACAACGACGACAAUUGUAUGCAACUUCUUAAUACAAAGUGUAUUGAUAAUAAGUGUCAAUGUAUAAAAGAUUACUUUUCUCAUGACGGUCGAUGCAAACAAGGGCUCGAUGCAUUUUGUAUCAGCAACAAUGAUUGUUCAGCGAUAGAAAACGCCCGUUGCGUUGAUCAUAAGUGUCAAUGCAAAGAAAAUUAUGUUAAACAAUCAACCGGGCGCUGCGUAGCCGUUUCUUUGUUCGACAAACAAUGUGAGUACGACAUACAAUGUCAUGCGCACACCGAAAAUGCAGUUUGUAUAUCAAGCGCGACAGAUGGCACUGGCAACGGCGAAGGAAAAAAAUGUCAAUGCAGUGCCGGACAACAUCAUCAUGGCAGCAAAUGCCAUGUGACGAAAAAAUUAGGUGACGAUUGUGAUCAUGUGAGUCAAUGUUUCGUCACAUCCCACUAUGCUAGUGUUGAUUGUCGUAGUCAAUGCACUUGUGCUGAAGGGUUUACGAGAUUAAAUGAGACAUAUUGCGAUGGCGCUGGGGGCGUCGUUGCCUCAUUGUUGUUAAUAACUUUAAUGUUUGUAUUCGAAUUUUUUAUGUAAUUUACAAAUCAUAUGUAUAUAUAUUAUAUCUAUUAUACUGUGUCAGUAUUAACAUUAAAAGGUCGUUACUCGUAAUUUUUCAUAUCUCAUUUCAAUAAAAUGGAAAAUUUUGUUUUUUCUGUGGAAUUUUAUAACUCGUCAACGAAUCAGUGGAUUGGAAAGUUCGAUGAAUAUUGUCUGUAGGAAAUUGAACGCUCUACAAAAAAGGUCUCUUAUUGUUUUUCCAUAAAUUUAAUUUUUCAAAAGUUAUUCGAGGCCGAAGUUAAAUUUAUAGUGAAUUUUAGUAUUAUGUGACAUUUCCGGCGAAACUAUCAGACUUAUCACAAAAUGUUAUAGGACCUUUUUUGUAGAUGAUUUUAUUUCCUACAAAUUAUCUUUUACAAAUUUUCCGAAAUUUUUGAAAGUUCUUUAGUUAUUCGCAUUGAAAAGUAAUGAAUUAAAAUCGGCCAGAGGAUUUCCUGUCAAAUUGACAUUUAAAUGCAAAUAGCUAAAGAGCUUUCAGGAAUUUUGAAAACUUUGUCAGAGAUAAGUUGUAGGAAAUAAAAUGACCGACAAAAAAGGUCUGAUAACAUUUUGUGAAAACUUUGAUAGUUUCGCCGGAAAAGUCACAUAAUACUAAAAUUUACUAUGGAUUCAACUUUGACCUCGAAUAACUUUUGAAAACUUAAAUUUAUCGAAAAAUAAUAAGAGACCUUUUUUUUAGAGCGUUCAAUUUCCAACAAAAAAUGUAAGUCGACCUUUUCGAUCCACUGAUUCGCUGACGAGUUAUAAAAUUCCAAAUGAAAAAAAAAAAUUUCCCAUGUUAUUUAAAUGGGAAAUGAAAAGUUACGAUUAGCGACCUCUUGAUAUUAAUAUUAAGGGCUCAAAUUUAAACAGGACCUUAAUUUUUGUACCAUUCACCAAAAUUUUAAGACCAUUCACGAAAAAAAUAGUCGGUUUUUUC